UAUCCAAACUCCAAAGAAGCAUAGACUCGCACAAUCGAAAGAGCUGAAGAAGAAAGAAACCAACAAUGGCGAUCUUACCGUCGUCUCUGCAACUCUCUAUCCCGUUUCCCUCCCCGUGCUCCUCUCGGCACGCUCUCACUUUUAAACGCAAAACUACGCCCCUUCCUACCUUCACCGUCAGAGCCGCUACGGACGAGGAUCCACAAUCACCAUCCAAGUCAGAACCCGAAUCCAGUGACCCCUUCGAGGAGCGCCUCUCAGAGGUCCGCCUCCGCUACCGGAGCGGAACUGGAAAGAAAGCGGAACUCCGUAAGGCAAGGAAGGGAUCUUCGAGGUCUAGUUCCAAAGUUGGGAUGUACUUACCUCCGGUGGCAUUGGCGGAGGCGGAGUCGGAUGGGCUGAAAGUGGAGUUCGGAUUUAGCCCGUAUAGCGAACGAGUAAACGGGCGGAUAGCAAUUCUUGGAUUGACGGCUUUACUACUGGUGGAGCUUGCCACAGGUAAGAGCGUGAUAAAUUACCACACACCAGGGAUAGUGUUGAUCCAAGUCUACUUUGUGGCUGCUGUUACAGCUAUGUAUUGCAAAUAUGAUAAAGAGAAAAUGUCCGUCUGGCCUCAAUCUUCUGAAUAAUGCAAAGCUGUAGAAUCUGCCCUUUCCCUUCUGAAUAAUAAUUCAAGUGUCGAAUUUGCCCUAUCACUGAAUAA